AUGGGCCCAGUGCUAGACCAGGGACAGGACUCCAUGGAUGAGCCAGAGGCCCCUGGCUCCAGGGGGCAUCGCGACGCCACCGCCCGGGAGCUGCUCCUGUCGGCUCUGGAGGACCUGAGCCAGGAGCAGCUGAAGCGCUUCCGCCACAAGCUGCGAGACGCGCCGGCGGGCGGCCGCGGCAUCCCGUGGGGGAGGCUGGAGCACGCGGACGCCGUGGACCUCGUCGAGCGGCUGGCGGAGUUCUAUGGGCCGCAGCCUGCGCUGGACGUGGCCCGGAAGGCCCUGAAGAGGUCGGACGUGCGCGACGUGGCGGCGCGCCUCAAGGAGCAGCAGCUGCAGCGACUUCGCCCCAGCCCCUCUCCGCAGCUCUCCGUGUCAGAAUACAAGAAGAAGUACCGCGAGCACGUGCUGCAGCAGCAUGCCAAGGUGAAAGAGAGGAAUGCCCGCUCGGUGAAGAUCAACAAGCGCUUCACCAAGCUGCUCAUCGCGCCCGAGAGCGCCGCCCUGGAGGACGAGGCGCUGGGGCCGGAGGAGGGGCUGGGCGUGCGGGACUGGAGCCCGGAGCCGCAGCGCGCCUGGCGCUCCAACACCGACACCUUCAACCGGCUGUUUGGCCGCGACGAGGAGGGCGGCCGGCAGCUGACCGUGGUGCUGAGGGGCCCGGCGGGCAUCGGUAAGACCAUGGCAGCCAAGAAGAUCCUGUACGACUGGGCGGCAGGCAAGCUAUAUCACGGCAAGGUGGACUUCGCCUUCUUCAUGCUGUGCCACGAGGUGCUGGAGCGGCCGGGCGCGUGUAGCCUGGCCGACCUGAUCCUGGAGCAGUGCCCCGACCGCAGCGCGCCUGUGCGCCAGAUGCUAGCCCGGCCGGAGCGGCUGCUCUUCAUCCUGGACGGGGCCGACGAGCUGCAGGCGCCGGGGCCCGCCGAGGCCGCGCCCUGCACCGACCCCUUUGAGACCGCAGGCGGCGCCCGGGUGCUGGAUGGGCUGCUGAGCAAGGCGCUGCUGCCCUCCUCCCGCCUGCUGGUGACCGCGCGCGCUGCCGCUGCCGGGAGGCUGCAGAGCCACCUGCGCUCACCUCAGUGCGCGGAGGUGUGCGGCUUCUCAGACAAGGACAAGAAGAAGUACUUCUACAAGUUCUUCUCGGAGGAGUGGAGGGCGGAGCGCGCCUACCGCUUCGUGAAGGAGAACGAGACGCUCUACGCGCUGUGCUUCGUGCCCUUUGUGUGCUGGAUCGUGUGCUCCGUGCUGCGCCAGCAGCUCGACCGCCGCCAGGACCUGUCUCGCACCUCCAGGACCACCACGUCCGUGUACCUGCUUUUCAUCACCAGCGUGCUAGGCUCAGCGCCUGCAGCAGACGGGCCCCAGGUGCAGGGCGAGCUGCGCAAGCUGUGCCGCCUGGCCCGCGAGGGCGUCCUCGGGCGCAGGGCACAGUUCGCGGAAAAGGACCUGGAGCGGCUGGAGCUGCGCGGCUCCAGCGUGCAGACGUUGUUUCUCAGCAAGAAGGAACUGCCCGGCGUGCUGGAGAACGAGGUCGCCUAUCAGUUCAUGGACCAGAGCUUCCAGGAGUUCUUCGCCGCGCUGUCCUACCUGCUGGAGGAGGAGGGGGCCUCCGGGGCGCCGGCUGGCAGCAUCAGGGCGCUCCUGAGCGGGGAGGUGGAGACGCGCGGCCACCUCGCCCUCACCACGCGCUUCCUCUUCGGGUUACUGAACACGGAGCGGAUGCGCGACAUUGAGCGCCACUUCGGCUGCAUCGUCUCGGAGCACGUGAAGCAAGAAGCCCUGCUGUGGGUGCAGGGCCAGGGCCGCCCCACGGGGGUGUCAGAAGAGCCUGAGGGGCCUGAGGGUUCCCAGGCGCCAGAGGAGGAAGAGGAGGAGAAUGAGGAGCUGAACCAGCCUCUGGAGCUGCUGUACUGCCUGUACGAAUCGCAGGAGGACGCUUUCGUGAGCCAGGCCCUGUGCAAACUCCCGGAGCUGGUGCUGGAGCGAGUGCGCUUCAGCCGCAUGGACCUGGUGGUCCUGAGCUACUGUGUGCGGUGCUGUUCGGCGGGACAGGGGCUGCGCCUGCUCAGCUGUGGGCUGGGCACUGCCCAGGAGAAGAAGAAGAAGAAGAGCCUGGCGAAGCGGCUCCAGGGCACCCUGGGUGCCACAGGACAGCAUCCAGUCUCCCCGCUGCGCCCACUCUGCGAGGCCUUGACCCACCCGCAGUGUGGUCUGAGCAGCCUGACGCUGUCCAGUUGCAAACUGCCCGACACAGUCUGCCAUGACCUCUCCGAGGCCCUGAAGGUGGCCCCUGCCCUGACCGAACUGGGUCUCCUGCAUAAUGCACUCAGCGAGGCAGGGUUGCGGAUGCUGUGCGAGGGCCUGGCUUGGCCCCGCUGCCGGGUACAGACGCUCAGGGUGCAGCAGGCUGGCCGCCAGGAAGUGCUGCAGUACCUGGUCGGUUUGCUCUGCCAGAGCCAGGCACUGGCCACGCUGGACCUCAGCGGCUGUCAGCUGCCAGGCCCCACGGUGACCUCCCUGUGUGCUGCCCUGCAGCACCCAGCGUGCAGCCUGCAGACUCUCAGCCUGGCCUCCGUGGAGCUGAGUGAGCACUCACUGCAGGAGCUGCAGGCGGUGAAGACAGCAAAGCCGGGUCUGGUCAUCAGGCACUCUGCGCUGGACAGACCCCUGGAGCCCCCCAAGGAGGACAGCAGUGCCCUCUGAAGACCCUUGAGGCCAGACCAUGGGGUGGCAGCUCUGCAAUCUGAGCCCCUUCAGAGACCCACUUUGCAACGACAGGAGGUCAUUGCUCUCAGCCUCAGGACAACUGUGGGACAAAGAGACAUUUGGGCAGGUGGGGACCCAGACAGGCACAGGCCCCGUCUUGGUUCUGGACAGGCCCCAGGACAUGCCCCUCACCCCAGACAGGCAUGGGACUCCGCCUGACAUAGGAACUCCAUGCUCCUGGGACCCCGAUCCCCCAACUCUCCUCACCUUGCAAAACACUCCCCUUGCAAAAUGCCUCCCAGCACGACUUUGUCUGCUUUCACCUGGUGGGCUCGCACUGCCCCUACCCCACUUCUGUGUGGAUUUGUUUCCGUUUGGUUUCUGUUAUACAGGCGGUGCAUCAUCCCCCCAUUUCACCAGCCGGCAGUGGGGGCUUGGGUGGGUGGCCUGGUCACAGGACGCUGCCUGCACCGCGGGGACUGGGCCUCCAGGGCCACCCCAGGGUCCUUGCAUCUGCGGCGGGGUGCAGCCAGC